GAAAUUUGGCUCGCCUCUAUAAAUCGGUCGCAUGUUCAGAGAUUUUCAUUGUGUGUAGCAGAGGAGCUCAAUAAGCCACAUAAGUGAAUUUCCAUAAGGAUAGAACAAAGUAAAUAAUCGAAAAAAUAAAAAUUAUAAAAAUGCCGGACGCAGUGCAGCAAAGCUUUGUGCGCUCCUUCAUUGACUACUUGAAGAAGCAAGUCGAUGUCAUGUCGCCGGAUCAGAGCGAGAGCAUUGAGGUGGCCAUACAAUGCCUACAGGCCGCAUUCGAUGUGGGCGAUGACGAGCCGGAAGAGCUGACGGCUUCAACACAGACCACAACGGCAUCUGCCGCUGGCAGUGCUGCUGGCGGCGGCACGGGCACAGCGCCGGGCGGCGAUGCAGCUGCAGCCGGCAGCAGCGGUGGCCCGAUUGCCGUCAAUACAAAGAACAUUGACAUGUUUGAGCUCUUCCAGUCGCUGUACAUUGAACGUAAUCCCGAAUCGCUGGCCUUGGCAGAAUCCAUCAAAAAUGAGGGUAAUCGCCUGAUGAAGGAUGGCAAAUACAAUGAGGCGCUGUUGCAAUACAAUCGCGCCAUCACCUUUGACCCGAAAAAUCCGAUUUUCUAUUGCAACCGAGCCGCGGCCCAUAUUCGUCUGGGCGACAACGAACGCGCCGUCACCGACUGCAAAUCGGCGCUGCUUUAUAACGUCAACUAUAGCAAGGCAUAUUGCCGCUUGGGCGUCGCCUAUUCCAAUCUGGGCAAAUUCAAUGAGGCGGAGCACGCAUAUGCCAAGGCGAUUGAACUGGAGCCUGACAACGCUGACUAUCGCAACAAUCUGGAGGUGGUGCGCAAUGCACGCAAUCAGCCGCCGCAGCUGUCGCAUCUGAGCGAUGGCCUCAACGCCAUGCUGUCCAAUCCCACAGUGCGCAAUUUGUUCAGCAGCGCCGAAAUCGAUCUGGAGCAAUUGCAAUCGAUGACACACAAUCCGAUGGUCAUGAACGCCAUCGGUCAAUUGUUUUCCAAUAUCGGUGCACCGGGAGCUGCUGCACCCGGCUCGGGUGCUCCACCAGCCCAAGUGCCGGCCAUGCCCAAUGAUAUGUUGCAAUUGUUCCAGAGCUUCGCCACGCAGCUGGUGGGUGCGCAGCAGCAGCAGCAGCAACGGCAGCCGGGAGGAACCAGUCCACCCGAUGGCCAACAGCCGGGCAAUCAGCCGCCGCCAAGCAUCUAGGUGUGUGUGCAUCGUUUUAGAGUUAACCGAGCGCGAUUCGAGCGCUAUAUAAAAUGUACUAAGUUUUAAGCUGAAAUAAAUUGUGUUAAUGUUUAAAAA